GCAAAGCAUGUUGAAACUCUGCCGCUUCAGUUCAUUGCUAACACUGUCACAUCCGCGUGGAUCAGCUGAGCUCUAUCACGUGGCUCUGUGUCGAAGGUCAGUCCAGCACAAUGGAGCUGCCAGAGUACGUCCUGAAAGGGUUGCAAUUGCUGGCCGAUCCCAGCCACUUCUCCAACAAAACAUUCCACAUUUUAGUGGAAGCGGCUUUCGAGAGCCUCAUAAACCCACAAACAGACGGAGCAGUAUUCGGCCAUGUAGAGCUGGGAAAUUUGGACUUGACUUUGCUGAAACAAUGCCAUGUAGCCAUCGCAACCUGCGUGUUGGAGGCAGGAAAACAAAACGCCGACAAGUCGACUAUAAGCUCAUUACUUGAAGACUGUAGAUUUGGAGCAGAAAGGAUAGACAUAUUUUGCACAGCAUACCAGAAGAACAAACAGAAAGUAGAAAUCUUAUUAGGAGGCAUAGGAAGAUUUCCUUCUCAUAUCAUUGAUGCUUCUUGGCGCCUGGAGUAUCACAUUCGGAAUAACCAUCUUCACAAAGUCAAUCAACCGGCAUAUUUAGUAACCUUAAAUGUUGAGAACGGGCAGUCCCGGAAAGCUCACGACAUUACUUUCCGUUGUACCAUGGAGCAGUUGCAGGAUCUUUUGGGAAAGUUGAAGGACGCGGCUAAAAGCAUGGAAAAGGCCAGUCAGAUGUAAUUGAUGAAGCUGUGGGGACCGCGAUUGAACUCGAGCCUGUGGGUGGUAUAAAAGGAAUCCGCCAAAACCUGCGUGCUUCCACACUUUAUGCAAAAGAUGCAGACAACAGAGAAUUCAGAAAUAGUUCAAACGGUGCAUUUGGCGAAUGUAUGAAGUGCCGCCCCUGUACUUGAGUCGAAUGUUUGUGCAGGUGGAAAGUUUUGAAGCAUCAGCCUUGUAUAUUUGUUGCGUUUGAUUGUGUAUAUACGAGAUCUUUUUCCAUAAUAAAAAUAUGCUGCCUGCAGUAUUUUUCUUUGCA